AAAUAACUCAAUCCAUCUCACUUCUCUUUCCUCUCUACAAAUCAAAUUCAUUCCAACUAUCAAAGCAUCAAAACCCCAUAUUUUUCUCGUUACCUCUUGUUCAAUUAACAAUUUUAGUCUCAUCAUGUUCAAACUUCUCUACCUUCUUUCGCUCUUCCUUCUAUCUUAUUCUUCAUCAUCCUCAUUGCAUCCAUUCGUUGUUGACUCUGAAAAAUUGCAUCGUAAUUAUACUGCGAUAUCGGAUUUUCGGUUGCUCAAUAGAAGAAAAUUAACAAGCUGUCCAAUAAAUCUAAACCCUUAUAUCAAACUUGAAGUCAUCUCCAAAUCCAAGAAUAACGUCCUUUCAAAUGACGAGUUCAUCAAUGUUACUGUUAGCGGAGUUUCAAUUCCAUCGUUAGAUCAUUGGGUUGCUGUGAUCACACCAUCAAAUGCAAAUGUUGAUGGUUGUCCAGAGAAUGAAGGUCUUUAUCUUCAAACGGGUGAUUUAAGUAGCCUUCCUCUACUUUGUCAUUAUCCGGUCAAGGCAGUGUAUUUAAAGAGCGAUCCAGAUUACCUACGGUGUAAGAAGAGAGAGUGCAGAAAAAGAGUGGGAAACAAUUGUGUAAUACAAACAUGUAAUGCCACAGUGUCAUUCCACGUCAUCAACUUCAGAACUGACGUGGAAGUUGCGCUGUUUGGCGGCGGGUUUAUCACUCCUUGUCUUUACCUUAGAUCACAACCUCUCUCUUUCCUCAAUCCUAACGCUCCAUUGUACGGACAUCUCUCCUUAACGGAUUCAACUGCCACUUCUAUGAGAUUGAGUUGGGUUAGUGGGGAUAAAAAUCCUCAACAAGUUCAAUAUGGGAAAGAUGGAACAUCAAAGAUCUCUCAAGUUUCUACCUUUUCCCAAAAUGACAUGUGCAAUGCAUCAUAUAUUCAAAGUCCAGCAAAGGAUUUUGGGUGGCAUGACCCUGGAUUCAUUCAUUCAGCAGUAAUGACUCAACUUCAGCCUUCUACCACCUAUUCCUACAGAUAUGGAAGUGAUUCAGUAGGUUGGAGUAACCAAACAACGUUUAGGACACCGCCGGCCGGCGGCGGAGGAAAUGAUUUUCAUUUUCUUGCAUUUGGUGAUAUGGGAAAAGCUCCUUUAGAUUCUUCUUCAGUUGAGCAUUACAUUCAGGCAGGGUCAAUCUCUGUGGUGCAAGGGAUGAAAGAGGAAGUAGAAUCUGGAAAAGUAGAUGCAGUGUUUCACAUUGGAGAUAUAAGCUAUGCAACUGGUUUCUUAGUUGAAUGGGAUUUCUUUCUUCAUCUUAUUAAUCCCAUUGCUUCUCGUCUUCCUUACAUGACUGCCAUUGGCAACCAUGAGAGGGAUUAUGUUGAAUCAGGAUCAGUAUAUAAACUAACAGAUUCAGGAGGAGAAUGUGGAGUUCCUUAUGAAACAUAUUUUCAAAUGCCAAUUUCUAAUAAAGAUAAGCCUUGGUAUUCUAUUGAAAUUGCUUCUGUUCACUUCACUCUCAUUUCUACUGAGCAUAAUUUCUCUAUCAAUUCACCACAGUUUGAAUGGAUGAAAAAUGACAUGGCAUCUGUUAAUAGGUCAAGAACACCAUGGCUCAUAUUUAUCGGGCAUAGACCCAUGUACUCUUCAGUACGGGGAUUUCCACCUAGUGUUGAUCCUGCCUUCGUCAAUGAAGUAGAACCACUUCUACUAAAAAAUAAGGUUGAUUUGGCUUUGUUUGGGCAUGUUCAUAACUAUGAGAGAACAUGUUCUGUGUUUAAAGACAAUUGCAAAGCAAUACCUUCCAAAGAUGCAAAUGGGAUUGAUAUUUAUGAUCAUAACAACUAUACUGCUCCUGUUCAUGCAAUCAUAGGCAUGGCUGGAUUCGAGCUUGAUCAAUUUCCCCUCGUUAAUAUAAAGAGAUGGAGUUUGGCUAGGGUUUCUAAGUUUGGUUAUUUGAGAGGACAUGCAACAAAAAAUGAGUUAAGUUUAGAGAUGGUGAAUGCUGACACAAGAGAAGUAGAGGAUAGUUUCAAGAUUAUAAAAAGCUCAAAUUCCACAGCCAAAACAUGAACUUUUAUCAUCACUAAUCUAGAAUAAAUAAUCAAGUUCAUAUAUCUUAGUAUGAUCUUUAGCCAAAACUAUUUGAUACCUUAAAUAAAAAAGUUGUUAACUAGACUAAAUUAAUUAAUCAAGUAUAUGAAUGGUUUUGUUUGAUUGGAAGAUUGUACUCGUAGAUUGAUGACUAAUA